UACAUCCAUUCAUUGCAUAUGGUUUACGAAAGAAAAUCGUGUAAUCGUAUCCAGUUUUCAAUAUAACAUACACCAGGAAGCAGUAAACGCAUGAACGAAGCUUGCUUGUAUCAUUGAAGCUGCUGAAUAAACAAAAGGAGAGUGAGCUAACAUAUUUUGAAAUAUGGAAGAUGAUGCACCUGUUAUAUAUGGCCUUGAAUUCCAGGCACGUGCUUUGACAGCCCAAACUGCAGAAACAGAGUCCAUACGGUUUCUUGUUGGCACACAAUCUUUCAAAUAUGACAAUCAGAUACACAUUGUUGACUUUGAUGAUGAAAAUAACAUCAUUAAUAAGAAUGUGCUGUUGCACCAAGUUGGAGAGAUAUGGCACCUCAGUGCAAGUCCUGCAGAUAAAAGUGUGCUGACAACAUGCUACAGUAAAACUUCAGACAGUAAAGUGGUAACAUGUGCAGCUGUGUGGAGGAUGCCGAAGGAAUUGGAAUCAGGCAAUCAUGAAUCCCCCGAUGAUUCAUCAAGCAACCCUCAGACCCUAGAGCUUCUCUGUCACCUUGACAACACAGCCCAAGGCAAUAUGGCUUGUGUCCUCUGGGAGCCCAUGGGUGAUGGCAAAAGACUGAUUUCACUUGCAGAUAACCAUGUGCAGCUGUGGGACUUGCAGGAAAGUUCCAGCAAGGCAGUGAUUUCCAGCUCUACAACACUGGAAGGAAAGGGGCAGUUAAAAUUGACGUCUGGCCGAUGGAGUCCCCAUCACAACUGCACACAGGUUGCGACUGCCAACGACACGGCCAUACGAGGCUGGGACAUUAGGAGCAUGCGACAGAUAUACUGUAUAGAAAAUGCACAUGGCCAACUGGUGAGAGACUUGGACUUCAACCCAAACAAGCAGUACUAUCUGGCCAGUUGUGGAGAUGACUGCAAGGUCAAAUUCUGGGACGUCAGGAACAUUAAUGAACCUGUCAAGAGUCUGGAAGAGCACUCCCAUUGGGUGUGGAGUGUGAGGUACAAUCAAUCUCAUGAUCAGCUGGUGCUGACAGGCAGCAGUGACAGCAGAGUCAUCCUCUCCAACAUGGUGUCCAUCUCUUCAGAGCCCUUUGGUCAUCUGGUGGAUGAAGACGACCUGAGUGACCAAGAAGACAAUCCCCAGGAGGAUAAGAGGAAAGAGCCACUUCAGGAUAGCAUAAUUGCCACCUAUGAAGAACAUGAGGACAGCGUGUAUGCUGUGGAGUGGUCGUCUGCAGACCCUUGGCUCUUUGCAUCUUUAAGUUACGAUGGAAGACUUGUGAUAAACAGAGUGCCAAGGGCGCUGAAAUACCAAAUCUUGUUAUAACAAUAUGGAAUCGAAAUUUAAAUGCAUCUGUAUUGGCAUUUUAAUACUAUCCGGUAUUAGCUGGGGGGCAUUCCAUAAAAAUGGUAGAUUUAUACCAUGAAAUCAUAUGUUAAACAAGUAAACACUAAUCAUUUUCAUACCUUGUUCUGUAAAGUUACCUUGCCAUAUUUAAAAAGAAAACAAAUGAAUCUCUGACAGGUUAGUUGCAAAGUGCAAAAGGCAGCGUGGUUUAGUUGUUAUAGCCUAAAAUCCAUCCUCAGCCUUGCUUGGGGUACGUCACUUCAUCUUCCUGUGUGUCAUCCCCACUGAAGUGUACUUAACACCAACAGAUAUAUUUAUUAUUAGUAUAAUUUUGAACUGUUAUGAACUUUUAUGAUGUCAUUUACAUUUCCUAUGAACGUACAGUAUGCAUCUAUUGUAGUUAUAUUGUAGUUAUUUUAAUUGAGCAAGUGGAAAGCUACUGGGAGCUACUGAAAGGAACCAAGGUUCGCCAUUCAAAUAUUUGAAAUAUAAUGUAUUAUAACCUAUAUUCCAGGUUUAAUUUUCUACAUGAUAUAUGAGUUGCACAGCAUAAUGUUCUAAAGUACAGUAUGUCUUACCUUUGUUUGCCACCUGGAUGCACGUAACCACACAUAGGAAACAACAGAUGUCUUUAAAGAGCAGAAAAACAAAAGUUACUGGCAGUUGUAGGUACUGUAUAUAUUUGUAGUUGCAGAGUUAUUUUAAAUGUAUGCUGUAGCUUCUAAUCUUUUCGAAAACCUAAAGGGAGCACAAAUAUUAACCAGCAUUCCAUCUAGUGUAAGCAUCCCUUUAAAAUAAACUAAGUGCAUGCUUACAUGUAUAUGUAUACAUUAAUUAUAAAAUUAUAAUAAUAAAAAUGUGUUUUGUUCACUUUUUGUUACACAGUACUGUGUUAGAAUGAUGGCUGAGGUUCUUGUCAUGUAUUCGGAGACUGAACAGCUUUGAGGUUUUGAGCAACUAUUUUGGAAACAUUUGAAAUAAGAUGUAUAUCUAAAAAUGAAUUUGGAAGAGAUUCAAUAAAAAUGUUUCAACUAGAAAUAAUGACUUCCAUUCACUUUAAUUCAGUCCAAUGCUUUAAUUUCAAUUGGAAAUGUGAUUCACAUUAAGAAUAUGGCUGUAAAACAAGACAAUUGGCUAUCGUUGCUACCCCCAAAAUCUUCCACUCACAGUGCAUUUUCAUAUAUUGUGUUUUCAGAAUACAAAUAAGGCUGAGCUCAAUGAUCAUACAAGCAGAGAAGAGGGUUUGAGGCAGUGUGAAAGCACUGCUGAAUUGAGUGUGUGUGUGGGUGUGGGGAAUAUUGGGUUGGCAGGGAGAGGGGUUGCGUUUCUCCCUGUCAAAACACAUGGAAAUAUAAAAUAGGUGUUCCAGGGUGUUUAGAAUUGAAUAAUUUAAUGUUGGUGAUAAAGGUGGAGGUCCAUGUUGUGUGUUCCGUGCUGUGCUGUCCUGUCUUGUGUUUACAUUUUUGACUUUUUGUAAACCCUUGUUGGCCCUUGUGCCGUUUGUUUUGUCAAGUGUGUUUUUUUUCCGUUUUAUUUUGUUAAUAAACUGCAUUAGUGCAUUUAACUUGCAGGUUUCUGUGUCUCAGUCUCUCUGCAAAUACCAUCUGGGCUGUGACACUACUGCACCACAUUUUUUUCUUUUCUUCUUUUAACCUGCAGUUCCAGACCAGGAACUGCAGGUUAAAAGAAGAAAAGAAAAAAAUGGAGAGAAGAGAAAGGAAGGGUGAAAAUGUGGAAGAGCAGCAGCGCCUGUUGGAGGCAGAAGGGGCCGCUGAGUGUGGGGAUUUUGGGCAUGUCUUCAAGGAGGCCUACUUUGGCCAAGAGGUGGUCAUGUGAGGAAUGGCUCCGCCUCAAGGCUCUCCAAAUGCCGAAGGCAGAUUCCCCCUCCUUCCAGUGCUGUGGGAGGGUGACUUUGACGGCUACCUCAUCACGCUUGAGGCCUCAGGUUGGUGCCUCACCUGCAGGGAGUCAGUGCACUUUGUGGUCAGCUGCCCCCACCAAGAGGAGGAGUAACAGCUGCUGGCUCAAGUGCUGAAGAAAGGGAGGGGUGGUUAUUCCUGAAGGCAAGCAAGGAAGCUGGCUCCAUCUCCUAAGAAGGGGGAGCUGUCUUUAAUGCUGAAGAAGAGGGAGCCAAUUCUAGUUGCACGCCCAGUUCCCUGCACUGAUGUCAGCAUUUCCACUGCUGGAGUGCCCAGCUCCGCCACCACUGCCGGUGUUCUACGCUGCUUUCGGCAUUUUGGCUGCCAACAUCACUACUGCCGGAGUGCCCCACAGCGCAUGGUGCGGGGCACACGUGGGAUAAAAACACAGGUGUAUAAAAUAGGUGUUCACAGGUGUUCACAGGUGUUAGUUUAGAAUUGUAGAAUUAAUGUUGGUAAUAGAGGUGGAGGUCCGUGUUUCGUGUUGCGUGUUGUGUUGUCCUAGCUAAUGUUUACAUUUGUAAGUUAUUGUAAACCUUUUUAUUUUGGCCGUUGUGCCGUUUUUUGUCAAGUUUUUUGUUUAAU